AUGGCCGAAUUUCGGCCGAAGCCGAAUUUCGAAAAACCAGACAUCAAUACAACCUUAAUAAGGCUGGUUACAGAGGUUGAAAAAAUAAUGAAAAAUGAUGUAGCCCUUGGAUUCAACAUGGUUGGGAAAAAAGGGAAAAUGCCAUUUGGAAGUUCAAAAUUAUUCAAGAUUGUAUACAGAUCAGUCAAAAAAAAUGCUUCAAUUGGAGAGGUCACGAAAAGAGAUGUGGGGUUGGCAGUGGCUAAGUGGUUGACUGGUGCUCGAGACAGAGAUGGAAAAAAGGCAUCUCGGUUGAACAAAUCAAAUUCAUCUGGUAAAAAGGCAUAUCAGUUGAACAAAUCAACCCAUACCUAUUUCUUGGGCAGUUCUACUGGAUCAAUGUUAUGA